CGGCCCGUUAAAGGCCCGGCGAGGGGCCCGCGCCGCACUCGGCGGGGGGCGGGGGGCCGGAGCGGCCGUGCGGGGCCGCAGGAUGUACACGCUGACACGCGGCCCCAGCAAGCUGGCCACGCAGCGCCGGACAGGUCCCACGCAGCAGGCGGUGGAGAGCAGCAAACUGGGGGAGCUGCGGGGUCGGCUCCAGCCCCCCGCGUGGCCCCCGGCCAGCCCAGCCCAGAAACUGGUCUUCAACAGAGUGAACGGCAAGAGGCCGCAGGUGCUGCUGCAGCAGGUCUCGGCUCCUGAGGAGUCCUACACGCUGGCCCACGAGGAGAACGUCCGCUUCAUCUACGAAGCUCUUCUCCUGGAGGUCCUCCUGGGUUGGGAAGCCCCCAUUCCCAAACUGGCCACUGGCUGUUCCCUCCCCCCAGCCUGGCAGCAGGUAGAGCAGCAGCUGGACGGCAGCCGGAGCGAGGAGAGCGCCCGCGGCCCCGUGCAGUACGUAGAGAAAUCCCCCAACCCCGGACUGAAAAACUUUGUUCCCAUCGACCUGGAGGAGUGGUGGGCACAGCAAUUUCUGGCCAAAAUUGAAAACGGCUCAUAAAAGGGAAGAAAGGUUUGGGUGGUUUGUUUGGGGCGCCUUUUUUUUUUUUUUUGUCUUUUGUAAGAGAAGCAAAGCUGAGAGUAUCUGGUCCAGACCCCAGCCUCGCUGGGGGUUUCAGAGCCAUGUUUUUAAAAGAUGACUGAGAUGAAGGGAGCCACGCUGCCAGCCCCGUGGGACCACAGCCAUGCCCAGCCCCUGCCCUGCUCCCGGCCUGGAGGAGCAGCCUGUGGCCCCGGCCAGGAUUCCUUAAGUGCCAGUUCUUGGACCUCUGCAGCUCCUGUGGCCUCCAGCUCCCAGGGACACUGCGGUGCCGUGCUGGGGAGGAGGGAGCAGACCCACCCCGUGGCCACGGGGAGGAGGACAGCGAGGUGCUGCAGCAGGACGGCCAGACAAUAAAGCGCUGAAACUGCC